AUGAAGAAUCGGCUUCGAUCGUUGGUGGUCUUCGAUGAUGGUCGCACGAAUGGGUUGGUGGUCUUCGAUGAUCUUUGGUGGUCUUCGAUGAUCGUUGGUGGUCUGGAGGUUUCUGGAGUUGAAGUUGAAGAGGUUUCUGGAGGUGAAGUUGAAACGUCGCGCGAAGGAGUUAUUCUUGGACAAGGUAAGAUUCUUGGGGAUCAGAAAACCUUCCUGAUUGGUCCUUCCUUCCCCAGAAGAUAA